AUUAGAUGUGCAUAUAAGGUUUCGGAUGAUUAAUAGUUGCCUGCUUUGCUUUGGUUGGAGGGACUGAGUGUAUGUAUGUUAACCCCUCCCUCCCCUCUCUCACAUUUCACUUCACAAACUUGUCACUCUCUCACCAGCACAGCAUUUAAAAAGUAUUUCGCUCAUGUCCAGCACUUCACAAGGAAGCAAGCUUCAGGCCUUGAGAAGCACUUCAAGGCAAUCACUGCAUAGAUUUGGCUACUGUUUUCCAGUCGGGACAAUGAAGAUGUUUAGAAGAGUCCCCAAAGUAACAAAUUUACAACAGCAUAAAACCCUCAAACAAACUGUUGUUUAGGACAGAAUUCUGUUCUGUAAAAUUUGGAAUAUUUUCCCUCUGCUCCUCUUCUGACUUUGAAGACUUGAGCUAUAACCAGUCACGAACGGAGCGUGAACAGGAUUGGAAGCAAAUGGAUCCCACCAGCAGCAGCUGUAUGCGCAGUCCACAACCUUCUGCCCCACUUUGGGGGUGCUUGCGAAGCACCCAUGCGGAUAUCACCACAGCUUCAGGGCUGAACCACUACCCACAAGCACCAUUCUCUUUCCAUCAAAAAUCAGAUUUUGCUACUUACUCCGAUUUCUCAACCUCCUGCCUGGUGACUGCUCCCCAUAGCUUCCCAUGUGAGGAGCAGGCAUUUGUGGAGCAGCACCCCUCUUUCCAACACUCUGACUGGCAUUUUGCAGCAACUGAGGCCAGAAGACGACCAAAUCCAGGAUUGGCUUUGGGUUCUGGGGAGUCAGAAAGUAGCAGUUCAAACCCAGUGAGUGCGGCAGUGGGCAUGAAUGAAGAUGAUGAGGUACCAGGAAAUACUACAAAUGAGACUGAGAAAAAGUCGUCCAAAAGAAAAAAGGAAAACUCAGAAAACCAGAACUCAAGCAACAAGGCAGAAACAAGCAGCAAAUCACGGAAGGAAAGGACAGCUUUUACAAAGGAGCAGCUACGGGAGCUGGAAGCUGAAUUUUCCCACCAUAACUACUUGACAAGACUCAGGAGAUAUGAAAUAGCUGUGAACCUGGAUCUCACCGAGAGACAAGUCAAAGUAUGGUUCCAAAACAGAAGGAUGAAGUGGAAACGUGUUAAAGGUGGGCAGCCAGUGUCCCCACAUGAACACGAUACAGAAGAUGUAGACUCUGCUGCCUCUCCCAGCUCUGACUAAUCCUUGGAACAACUGAAGAGGAGUAUGGAGAAAGUAAUUGAUCAGAAAGUGGACGCAACACUACUCCAAGUCAGCUGCGCCAUGAGAUGAUCCUGCUUGCAAAACCCAUAGCCCCAAGUCUGUAAAAGGUGUCUGAUGCUUUAGGUUACAGAGGCAAUUAAAGAAAACAGGGGGGAAAAGCCAAAGGAGGGCAUGACUUUGCUUUUUGUCUGAAUGAAUUUAACUCUCUCUGGAAUCAUCUUGCUAUCGCAGAUGUGUCUUCAGAAUAAAAGUUAACUAACAUUGAAUAUAAAACAGAAGUAAUGUUAUCUAGUUUCUCAAACACUGAAAAUACAGGUUGUCAGUCCGCAAGUGAUAAUGCAACUGUAUUCUCAUCCAACCUUUCCCUGGUCACAUCCAUUCCUUCUGCAUUUGGACUUGACAAGUCACAAUUUCCUUGUGCUUUACUUUCAGAUAAAUAAAUACUUUGAUAGUCA